UGAUGUGACACAGUUGGAGGAUGAAGUGCUGAGUCUGUUGCUGCAGUCAGUAGACAUGCUGGCUGCUUGCUGAUGGAGUGUACUGUGGCCCUGUUGAUGUCACUCUCAGCAAUGACUCCAAGAAGGGCAUAGCAGAGUACCAGAUAACUGGACCACAGGAGCAUGUUGCCACAGCUCUAGGGAAACUGUGCACAUCCCUCAGCAGUAACAUAGCCAUCCCAGUAGUGACAGGAUAUUUGGAUGCUCACUACAAUGCAAGGAAAGUUUACGUCAAGGACCAGAUCUUGCGCUGCUCUUGGAGAAACAUUGUGCAUCUCUUGAACGAGAGCGAGACUGGGGACCCUCUUCUAGAUAAUCGGAAUGGUUCUGAAGUUAGCCUUGUGUCUUCUGUCCCUAAGGAUCCUCCAGUCCUUGCAUCUCCCCUUUGGCACCAUAUUUUGUGCUGCUCUCAGAAAAACGUGCUUCUCUGGAAUGAAACUGAGAGUGAGGAUGGUGUUUCAGGUGCUGGGAAUAGUACUGAACUUAGUCUCAUUUCUGGUGUCCCUGUGCAUCUCCCAGUCCUUAUAUUAAUAUUAGUGAUGUCUUGCUAACUCUCAUGCCGUCUCACUCAGUUUAGUACAAUUGUUUACUGCAAGUUUAGAGUUUAGUUUUCAAUGUAAGGUCACUGAUAGUAAAAGGAGUGGUUGAAUGCUUCUCUUUCUCAUCUUGUCUUCCUUUUCCUUGUCCUCUUCCUCUUUUACCUGCAUUUCUCUCAUUCUCUACCUCCUGGUCUUUUCCUUCAUUCUCUCUCUCUCUCUCUCUCUCUCUCUCUCUCUCUCUCUCUCUCUCUCUCUCUCUCUCUCUCUCUCUCUCUCUCUCUCUCUCUCUCUCUCUCUCUCUCUCUCUCUCUCUCUCUCUCUCUCUCUCUCUCUCUCUCUCUCUCUCUCUCUCUCUCUCUCUCUCUCUCUCUCUCUGGGAACUGUUUUAAAAGAGGAGUUUGGUUUUUAUGAUUGGUUGAUUGAUGAUGCAGAAUACUAUUAACUAUUUCCUGAAUCAAAAAAAAAUGUCCUUGAAAAUCCCAUCAACUUCCAUAAGGACUGUUUUCAUGAUAACGAGUCAGGUUCUCAUAGGUGUUUCUUCUGGUGAUGCAGAAUACUUGUUAAACUAUCACCAGAAUCAUGAAGUACCCUUGAAAAUUCCAGUAAGUAUUUCUAAAGGUCACUGAGAUGGUCCAGAUAGUCCAGUGACUGUGUUUUGUUGUUUUCUUGUGUAUAUUUUGUCUUUCAUUCCACAUAGUUCUCUUGUUUCUUCUCAGGAUCAAAAAAUAUUGAUUGAGAUACUGGGGAGGGAUGUGAGUACAUGCCCAAGGUGAGGCCCAGAUCUUUAAGAGAAUCUAUUUAUCCAAGAACAACUUGUCAACAAUUCCUGUAAAUGUCAUCAUCAGUGAGGUCAGUGUUAGAUACCAACUUGCUGCUCAGGUGUCUGUUGUACCUGCUGGCUGGCAUCUCCACUUUGUCUCUCCUGGUAACCAAGUCUGUAUGUGCUUGGUGGUGUAUCCUGAAAAUUUGGAUAUCCAGGAGAACUCUGUCACCAAGAACGUGCAAAUGAAUGUCAUUGGGUGGCUGAUGGCAGCUCCUCAAGUGAACCCAGAGAUCACUGGGCUAAAGUACAGCAUGAUGGGUGCCUUGGAGAAGCUAUGCCUUGAGUUGAAGGCUGCAGUUACCAUCAGAAAAGAGCAAAGCUGCAACAAGUCAUCCAAGUACUUUGUCAAGAAGGUUUAUGUUGAAGGCAACCUCCUGCACUGCUCUCAGGAGAGCAGUGGGACUCAUGACUGCCUCCAAGACCCACAGAGGAUUGGAAGGCAUAAAUUCAAUCUUGGAUAACUAUUGACAUUUAAAAACUGGUGACUCCACUUGUCAGAUUGUAGGUGGGAAAGUUUUAAGGUUGACUGAUGGGAACAUCGUUGAUCUUAAUUCUUUUUUGGUAAAGUACUGUAAAUCACAUGCAUGUGAAAUUUUGAAUGGAUGAAAUAGCAUGAAUGGUAUUGUAGUUGAAUUGUUCUUUGUAGCUAGAAAAAAAAAUUAGGGUUGAUUGAUGGGGAAACUAUUGUUCAAAAUGCUUUUAUUGUAAACUAGAUCAUGUACAUAGUUGUGAAAUUUUUUUUGGAAAUGAAAUAGCAUGAAUGAUAUUGUAGUUGUUAGUGUUGUACUAUGGGUAAACCACUGGAAAAAAUGUAGUAGUUAUGAACAAAAUUGGAUUAACUAAACAUCACUGAGGUUGUAGUUGUGAAAUUUUGGUGUAAAUUAAUGUAAACAAUGAAAUACUUACUUAACCAUUAAAGUUUUAAUCUUAUAUUAUUAGGAGUCAUUGGAAAUUAGCUAAAAUAAACACUCUUACAUCAU